AUGGAAGAGGAAAAUAAGGGUAUCAGUCAAAUCGGGCCAAAACCGUCAAGAUGGGCACCUACAAGCGGCCCAAGGCCGCUUCCUUCUCAAUAUGAAAAACUAGACUAUCAACUCCCUGCAUCUUACUCAAACCCUUCUUUUGCAAUUGAUAGUAAUUUCUAAGUAGACUCUUUAAUGAGCAAUUUAUUCGAAGAUCUUUCCAUGACCACAAAUACAGGCCCUCCCAGCUAUGAUGUACCUUAUAUUUAGUCAUUUUUGCUUCCAAUCCCCAAUGACUGUGUUGGCCUCAUAAUCGGUAAACAAGGCGACAUGAUAAAAACCUUGCGCGUCACAUCUAACGCCAGCGUGAUCCAAGUAGCCAAAGACUGUGCUCCAGGCUGCAGCUAUAGGAACGUUUUUAUUGAAGGCUCAUUAGAAAGUUACUGUUUAGCUAAAAAAAUGAUAUAUGAAAUUAUUGAUGAAGUAAUUUUUAUCUAGAAUAACAAAGCAAAAAGACUGCCGACGUUUAAUUUAUCACAUACAUUGUCCUCAGAACCUUAUAUAGAAGUAGUAAUCCCUGAUCCUUAUAUAAAUUUAGUACUAGGAAAUGAUUUGUCAAUUUUGAAAAAAAUUUUGGCUGAGUCUGGGGCACAAGUUUUAGUACCGACUAAAUGUGCCCCUGGGACUAAUAAUAGAUAUAUCACGAUAACUGGUCCCCCGGAGUGUAUUAGGACUGCGAAAAGGAUGAUUUAUGAUAUUUUAGAGCCUGUAAUUGUAAAUUAGGCAUAUAGAAAACAUGCAAUUGCGAAUGGAAUUUAUACAUUCCAGCAUGAACAAGUUGACCCAGAAUACCCUUAUUGUAGCUAUUUUGCAUUAAUUCUUAAAGCACAGACAAUUACUAUGAGCGCUUGUGAAGCUACUUGUGACUCUGCAACAGCCGCACUUAAAGGUCUCCGUAUGAUGGCUCACGAUACAUAUGGGCAAUAUUAA